AUGGCCGCUGGCGGUGCCCGUGGUUUAGGGCUCGCUACCGCCGACGAGGCCGUUCUGAAUGGCAAUGCUGUGACAGGUGAAUAUGAUACCAAUGCUUCUGACCACAUGCGUGUAAAUGGAUGCUUUGGUAAAGACAACCCAUGGGCUAAGGCACCUGACGCCUCUGGAGAUGGUUUAGAUCAAGAAUUUUCCAGGUUGGCUUGCACCCGGGACACAGAUUGGCCGACAUUGCAGAGCGCUGUUUCUUACUGUUCUCAAACAUCUAGCAUUUCCGGUGUCAAAAACAAAGACAAGCAGAAAAAAAGGCAUCCCACUCAUGUUUGCCCCGAUGAGGGUCUUAACGUUGAUUCCAAAACUCAACCGAAUACCAGUAGUUUCCAAAGGAAGAGAUGGGAGCAGGCAAAUAUUGAAUGCAUCUUCCCUAAACCGGCUCGUUCUGAAGUUGCAGAGACUUCACGAAUUUCUAGGUGGCAACGUCGUACAGAGACAUCGGAACACGACAAGGAAAAUCAGCACUGUGUCAAAAAUCAUAACGCUCCCGAAAACGGUGAGAAAUCACUGGUGGGUGCAACUGAAGCGGAUAGAGAGCCAUCCACUGCUGGUCCCGCCGGCAACAGACCUCGAUCGUUUGUGCGAUUUGUUCGUUCCCAGAAGUCUUCUAGACCUCAGCGACGGAAUCCAACCUCAAUUGGCCAGUCCGCUCUUAGUUCAAUCCGAACGGUCUCUUCCUCAUUCCCUUCACACUCCAUUUCCGCUUCUCGGGGGAUCGAUACCAGUGUAUUUGCUUCCGGUCGAUCCUUCGCUCAUAAUCGGCUCAGCAAUCAUCACAUUAGCGCCGCUCAUUUAGUUCCUGUUCCUCUUUACAGGCCAACACUUCAAAGCUCAUUGUCAACUGCAGUCGUUUCCACUUUAGGAUAUCCAUUUCUAAUGCUUUACCCGACGGCCCCGACUCCCGCACCAGUAAUUGCCGAUGCUGUUGCAACUGGAGAAUUCACGAGCCAUACAUCUAUGGGGACUGGUAGUGUUUCUACUAACGCUGAAAGCACUAUGCGCCCGGUCACUAUAGCCUUACCUGAUAUAAAAGCUACCGAGGCAACUGGAGGCGCCACCAUAUUUGCAUCAACGUUUCCAACUCAUAUGAUUCCCUUCGCUUCACCGGUCUCCAGCUCAGGACCUGUUCCGGCAUUAUUCUCCGGACACACAAUUGCCCAACCUACCAGCUUGUGCUUUUUGGCAACGUCAAGUAAUGAUCCAGCUGUCCUUAUUCGACACCAGAUAUUGCAUCAGGUCGAAUUUUACUUCAGUGCGGAUAACCUUGCUCGCGACUUGUUUCUUCGCCGCCAAAUGGACCCCGAGGGUUGGGUUUCCGUCAGCGUAAUCGCCAGCUUUAAAAGAGUCGCCUCUCUCUCUGCUGAUCUUACUGAGAUUUUGGAGGCGAUUCGAAUCAGCCCGUUACUGGACGUGGACGUCGAAAGAGCUCGUGUUCGCUGCCUUGAUCGACCCCGCAUGUGGGUUCUCCCAUCUAGUCGAGAUAAGUCCGAUAAAUCCACUGCGACCAAUUUGAAUCCUGAUGCUCCGGAGUUUGUCCCCUCUUAUCAUUCGCCCACUACCAGCAGCUCAGAUUCUGUCACUGCACCGGCUGUAGCCAACCUCAACUCGGCCACUCAGGAUGACUUGAAUUUCAAAUUUUCUAACGAAUCGCUUCCUUACGUAAGGCCUUCUAACCCCACCGAUUACUCUUCGAUGACUCACCGCGCCAGAACUUCAUCUACUACUUCUGAAGAUGAUAUCGAUGAUUCCAUGUUGUCGGGUCUCCUUAUCAUAGCACCCCCUUGCGAUGUUUUGAGCCGGAAGUCCAUUUCGACUGAAAUAGAGCGACAGAACAUAUCAUUUGGUCACACAUCUGAUGUCACAACAACGCGCAUUAACAACAUUAUUAAUCGGCCUUCGCCCUCGGAAAGCGAGAUGCAACGGUCUUCGGUUGAUGCUUUUUGCAAGGUUGUCACAGAAUCUUGCAUGCAACCCCCCUUAUCUCGAUUCCUAGUCAGUACCGCUGAAGGUACCAACUCUUCUACUUCUGUGGUUUCUGACUCCACCAAAACUACUUUCUUCGCACCCACGUCAACUUACACUGCACUCCCCGUGUCUGUGUCAAGCUGUCACUUUUCCACUACCGCUCACUCGGCUUCCUAUCUUCCUCGCUGCCAAUCUAAGGUCGAUGUUGCUACAUAUUCUCCAACCACAGCUCCCACUCAGCUAUUUUAUACCGGUCUCUCUUCUUCACAGGAGCAGUCCUACACAGUUAUUCCUCCCGCCACCACCACCACCACCACCCUUCUCCCUCCAAGUGCACUCCUUGCUCCCCACCAUCAGCUUCAUUUCGUGAGUAACGGUUCUCUUCAUUACGCAGCUCACGGUGAUACAUGUGUCUCCAGCGGAACGCCUUUCGUCCACGUCACACCUUGCACCUUGUCUGAACCCGUGCACAGUCAGGACUGCCUUAGGACCGGGAAUAGUCUUGAACUGAAUACAAGAUCUACUACUGAAGGUCGCAUAGCUGGUAUUUUUCCAGUUCCACAAAACUACAAGGCAUCCUUUGUAAAACCGCGCAACAGAAUGUUCCAUCGGAAACGCUGUCAAUCCGAAGGCGAACAUUGCACAUCUCAGUCGCACCUCGGCUUUCUGUUUCGUCCUGAGAAUAACACUUCUGAGCGCGACUUGGAUUCGAGUGUUUUACAUGCUGGUGCGCAAACUCGCUCUGGAGGAAAUUUUAGCCAUCAAAGGGGCUUCACUUUCCACGGCUACAGUCAGUUCAGAGCAAAGUGCCUGCAGGAUCGCGAGGUUAAAGGAAAAGGCUUAUCUCAGGAAAUGAACAUAUUGUACAGUUUUUGGUCAUUUUUCCUUCGCGAGCACUUCAAUCGCACGAUGUACAAGGACUUUCGUCGAUAUGCUCUGGAAGACUCAAAAGCAGAUGCUCGUUACGGCAUAGAAUGCCUUUUUCGUUUCUACAGCUACGGGCUAGAAAAGCGUUUUCGCAAGACAAUAUUCAGGGAUUUCCAGGAUGAAGCGCUUCGUGACUACGAAGAAGGGCACUUGUAUGGUUUGGAAAAAUUCUGGGCCUAUCUUCACUAUAGUGGGUCUAAAGUCAAAAUUGACGAUAGGCUGAAAUAUUUAUUAGACAACAAGUAUCGAACACUGCAAGACUUUAGAGCUAACUUUCAACCUCCUGAUGGAUUUUUCGUCAAUAUAUCUCGCCGGCGGACUAAGUCGGAACCAGUUGUUCAAGCGCCUUCACACGAAUCUUCCCCGGUUAUCCACAACAGUUACCGCAGCUGA